AUGGUCAGGAGAGUGAUCGAGAUCUGGCAGCGGUAUUCGAAGCCAAUGCAACUAGCGUUUCUGGACUUUGAAGCCUCGUUCGACUCUCCUCACCGAGGCCGUCUUCUCAACGCGCUGAGCGCCGAUGGAGUACCAGAAAAGUUCGUUCGCUUGCUUGAUGACAUGAAUCAACGAACAACUGCUGCAGUUCGAACACCAGCCGGAUGUACAACACCGUUUGAAGUGGUAACUGGAGUAAGACAAGGGGCAGUGGCAGGACCUUUCCUGUUCAAUUUCGCAAUCGACGACAUUAAGCGAAGAACAGUCUGCCAGUGUCCUGCCGACAUUGUCUUAGCACCAUCAGGGUGCCCCUUGACUGACCUCGAGUACGCCGACGAUGUUGUUAUAUUCGCGGAAAGCAGUACGGAACUUCAACAUGUUGUCAACCUUGUAUCGAAGAUGGCUGCAGCCUACGGACUACGCCUACGCCCUGACAAAUGCAAGCAGAUGUGGAUCUCUUCGAGACAUCGAACGGGAAUCAGGGUGGACGGACAACCGAUAGAACUCGUCGAUGAGUUCUGUUACCUGGGCUGUAUGCUGUAG